GCAAUUUGCGCGUUCACUGUAAAAUGCAUUUUUUAAAUGUUUAUGUUGAUAUUAAUAUAGAAUAAAAGUGUUUUGUUUUUUUUAGCAACAGAGAUUAGAUGAGUCUGUCUGUCUAUUUAUUUAUGUAUAUUAACCCUUCUUAAAAGUUUCAAAAACAUCUAUCUAUCUAGGCUAUCUGUCUAUCUGGACUAAGUGUGGUCCAGUCAUUAUGAAGCCCCUCCCGUUGCCUGUUGAGGACUUGACUGAAGUGGACCCUUGUAGAGAUGUGACGCGUUGCAGUUCAGACGCGCUGGAUUGAGGGUUUCCACCGCGCACCAGUAACCGUUCAUGGCGUGUUCUUCUGUUUUACAAGUUAUUGAGCAAAGACAACUGCAUCGCUUCAUUCUCUCGGUCUGUUAGUGAGGUGGCGGCUUCAUUUAAUCUAAAUCUUUAUCCCUCUUGGACAAUACAUGUUUCUGACACAUGAUAGCAAUGUGGAUGCUGCGCGUAUAUUUUCUGUAACUUUUUCUAAAUUGCACUCAUCCAUGUCGAGCGCGUUCAUUUCUGGGAAUUAACAUAAUCUCGUCCCGCUGAAGAGCACACCUCGCUUGUUCUCAUGGAUAUCUAUUCGUCUAAACUAUCACCCGCAGUGGAUUAUGGAGUUGGUGCGUUCCUGCUGCUCAUUGCAAUUCUUUCCAUUGUGGGAAAUUUGAUGGUUCUUGUGAUGGCGUAUAAGCGGUCAAACCACAUGAAGCCCCCGGAGCUUCUAAGCGUGAAUCUUGCUGUGACAGAUCUGGGAGCGGCCGUCACAAUGUACCCGCUGGCUGUAGCCUCAGCUUGGAACCACCAUUGGAUAGGGGGAGACGUCACCUGCGUGUACUACGGCCUAAUGGGAUUUUUCUUUGGAGCAGCUAGCAUGAUGACCCUGACAAUUAUGGCUAUUGUUCGCUUCAUCGUGUCAUUAACGCUCCAAUCACCCAAAGAGAAAAUCAGCAAAAGGAACGCACAAAUCCUUGUGGUAACCACAUGGCUGUACGCGCUACUCUGGGCUAUAUUUCCUCUGAUUGGAUGGGGAAAAUACGGCCCAGAGCCUUUCGGCCUGUCCUGUACUCUGGCCUGGAGGGACAUGAAGGAACACAACCAGUCUUUUGUCAUCACCAUCUUCCUCAUGAACCUCAUCUUCCCAGCCAUCAUCAUCAUGUCGUGCUACUCUGGUAUCGCUCUGAAACUAUACGUCACCUACAAGUCUAUGGAUGACAACAACCACAUACCCAACAUGAUAAAGAUGCAGCGGCGGCUCAUGGUGAUCGCUGUGUUGAUCAGCAUUGGGUUUGUCGGCAGCUGGGCACCAUAUGGCAUCGUUAGCCUGUGGUCCAUCUACCGGCCUGAUGAUUCAAUCCCCCCUGAGGUCAGCAUGCUACCUUGUCUGUUCGCCAAGACGUCCACUGUAUACAACCCGUUUAUCUACUAUAUCUUCAGCAAGACCUUCAAACGAGAAGUCAACCAGUUGGGCCACCUCUGUGGAAGAUCCAACAUCUGCUGUACAUCCGAUGCCAAAAACAGCCCGGAGAAUACUAUCUACCUGGUGUGCGCUGCGAACAAGUCCAAACCUGAAGCAGUGGAGCAAUCAUUAGAGAAGUGCAGGGAGAAUGAGACUCAACUGAUGACGAAUCAGCAAGAUCUGUGAUUUGCACUCUUAUGAGUGAAUCUGUACAAAACAUUGGUUGGCGUAAAUUUCUAUCUAUUAUGCCUGGUUAAAAUUACCAUGAAAUCAAAAUGGACAAUUCUUGUUUUUUUUGUUUUUUAUGGAAUAUUGCAAUAUUUAUUAUAAAUGAUUUUUCUGUGCACAUCAUUAUUGUAUUUUUUUAAUUCAUGUGCUCUUGUAAUCUUCAAUCAAAAUAACUUCUCCUCCCUCUUGCAGCGACAUCUCUUCUCUGAUGAUGCAUGUAUCGGUGUGAGAACAGGACAAGCUGUGACUUGAGAUCCACCAAUAGCAAACCCCAGCCAUCCAAUCAAUUCCCCAUGCUGAAAAUCAAGUCCUGCCCUAAAUUCUCAGAUAUACUCAGAUAUACAUUACAUAGGGACAUGGAGUGGUCCAUGUACUUUUAAAUGAACUUUUGUGUAUUUUUUUUAUUCCACAAGCUGCAAUACCAAUACAUAUCAUCACUAUGUAUGGCAUAGCGCAUUACUGUGUGCAACCGUAUUAGCAAGGGGUUUAGGUGUUAUGUGAUGGCUUUAUAAAAAGGGCAUUUUGUUGACAUAUCAUAUACAGUCUGUAGUUUCAGCAUGCUAAGUACACUCAAGUAGAUUUCAAGACAAAUGAUGUUUCAUUCUAAUAGUUCACCCAAAAAUGAAAAUCCAAUCAUUAUUUACUCACCCUCAUGCCGUUCCAGACCUGUUUGACUUUCUUCUGUGGAUCAGUUUAAAGGAUUUGUUCACUUCAGAAUUAAAAUUCCUGAUAAUUUACUCACCCCCAUGUCAUCCAAGAUGUUCAUGUCUUUCUUUCUUCAGUCAAAAAGAAAUGAAGGUUUCUGAGGAAAACAUUCCAGGAUAUUUCUCCAUAUAGUGGACUUCACUGGGGUACAACGGGUUGAAGGUCCAAAUUGCAGUUUCAGUGCAGCUUCAAAGGGUUCUGCAUGAUGAAGAAUAAGGGUCUUAUCUAGUGAAUCGAUCGGUAAUUUGCCAAACUCCAUAAAGUACAAGAAAGCAAGUAUCAUAAAACUAGCUGAAAUAUGACCCAUGUGCUAUACUCCAAGUCUUCUAUAGUAAUACAGUAGUGUUGUAUCAGGAACAGACUGAAAUUUACAUAAUUUAAGACUUGCAAAAUCUCAUUUGCAGUCAUGUUUUCGUCCACAUGACAUGAGAAAACCAAUUAGUCAAUGGUGUCAGGGUUUUAAACCUAGCGAUAAUAGAGUAUUGCAGGGAUGAUGUAUUUUUGUAGGCCAAAACCCGGAAACAAGUUAGCAUUUUAGCACUCAUGGUUCCAUCUUCCUGAAAUCAAAGGGUUUUUUGAAUAGGUUUUUGGUUAAUCGUCAAACUAAUCCAUAUGUAUUGAGCAGUUUAGUCCAAUUUUUUUGAAGAGACACAACUGCUUUAUUUGAUGAACAGUUUGAAUUUAGGCUUUUAUUAUAAACAUUCAUCAACACACAUCAGUUGUGGUAAACAGAUGCUCAAGCAUUUUCACUUGACGUGCGAGAACCAAUGAGGUUAAUUCUCAUGUGUUACGCAGCACGUUUGAGCUUCUAGAAGAGGUUUGUUCUUGUGUGUCAAGCAGGUUCCAUUGAGCUUCUGUUCAUGUUCGCUGAUCAAUGUUUAUAUGUAAAUAAAAGCAUAAGUCUCUUCAGAAAAUUUGGACUAAGCCACUUAAUUCAUAUGGGUUAGUUUUACAAUCUCUUUAUAAACUUUUUGAAGCAUCAAAGUGGUAGUUGUGUAGCUGUCUAUGGAGGGACAGAAAGCUCUUAGAUUUGAUCAAAAAGAUCUUCAUUUGUGUUCCGAAGAUGAACGAAAGUCUUACGGGUCUGGAACGACAUGAGGGUGAGUAAUUAAUGACAGAAUUUUUAAUUUUUUGGAUGAGCUAUCCCUUUAAAAGAACCAUUGUUUUUUUCUUAGUGAAAAUAAUAUUUUAAUAGUCUCAAGAACCUUUUUCCACUCUAAAGAAACUUUUGUGCAAUGGAAAGAUUCCAUGGAUGUUAAAUGUUCUUCAUGGAACCACUGAUGCCAAUAAAAAAAACAUUCUUUUUGAGAAUGCUGGAUCAACAUCUUUGUUGAUCCUGGAACAACAUUCCAAGCAACCAAUCAGAUUUGAGGGACAAAUUUAAAGUUUAUGCUUAUAAUCAGGAUUAGACGCUUCCACAUCAGUGUUAUUCACCUAUCGUUUCCCUCUAAUUUUAGGGAGACGUUAUGGGUAGGUUUAGGUUUAGGGGUAGGGGUAUAGUUAAGACUAAAUUUUCAGACACAAAUGUUGUUCCAGGAUCAACAAAAUAUGUUGAUCCAGGGACAUGUCUUGGCAAAAUCAUAUAUUGGCCCAUAUUUAUUUUCAGUGUUUCUGCAUCAUCCUCAUUCUGUCAUGUUAGAUGAAAACGUGUUGAAUUGUUAUUUAAACCUGUUUGAUUGAUUUUGGUGGCAAGUUUUGAAAGCUGUUGAAACACAGCAACUAAACCGUCCUCAGGAAAGACCAAAAAACCCAUCGAGUCAAAGAACAUGUGGAGGCUUUGAUUCUUUCACUUGAAUAACUCCACUGUGGCCAUAACUGGGUUGUUUGUAUCUUGAGAUGUCGUAUGAGACUGCAGUCAUUUAUAUCAUCAGUGGGAAAGAACAGACACUUUGUUGUAGAAUAUGCAGGUUGUUUCCCACCAUUGAUAAGUGCCAUUGAUGAGGCAGGCUGAAGCACAUGAUAUCCUGUUAUCAAAAGAUGUUUUCAUUUAGUUAAACACUUGAGGAGGAACAUAAAAAUAUUUUAAAAGAAAAUAUAUUGAAAAAAAAAAAUUGACAAUGGGAAGAAACAUAAAAAUAUUUAUUAAUUAAAAUUUAUAUAAAGACCCCCUGUGGUGAAAAUCAAGUUUUUAAUGUUGUUUACAUGUCUAUGUGGUGUUUUUAAUAUGCUUUAAGGGGUUAGUUCACCCAAAAAUGAAAAUAAUGUCAUUCAUUACUCACCCUAAUGUCGUUCCACACCCGUAAGACCUUCGUUGAUCUUCGGAACACUCAGUGAGGCCUGCAUAGCCAGCAAUGACAGCAAUGACAUUUCCUCUCUCAAGAUCCAUUAA